AUGGCGCAUGCGGCAUGAGUAAUCCAACGCGAAUAGAAAAACAGUUCUUCAGUCUACUUUUUGUAGGAGAAUAUCUCCGCCAAAUCUGUGACAACUGACGGUAGACAACUUAACUGUGGUCUAGCUCUACGAAACACUGUCCUGUUGCAUUCAGUAGAAAGAUAGUUGGACGUUUUCUUUCUUUCAACCGGAAAACAACUGUGGUACACAGCCGAGGAUAAUGACCGAGCAAUCAGCUUUGCUGCUUCGAAAACAAUUGGCAGAACUCAACAAGAAUCCUGUGGAGGGCUUUUCGGCAGGCCUCAUCGACGAUGACGACAUCUACCAGUGGGAAGUGGUCGUCAUAGGGCCUCAGGACACACUCUUUGAGGGGGGAUUUUUCAAAGCACAUUUAACAUUCCCACACGACUAUCCUCUUCGGCCUCCCAAAAUGAAGUUUGUCACUGAAGUCUGGCACCCAAAUGUGGCUAAGAAUGGGGAUGUGUGCAUCUCGAUUCUGCAUGAGCCGGGAGAGGACAAGUUUGGCUACGAGAAGCCGGAGGAGCGCUGGCUGCCGAUCCACACCGUGGAGACCAUCAUGAUCAGCGUCAUCUCCAUGCUGGCCGACCCCAACAGUGACUCGCCUGCUAAUGUAGACGCAGCCAAAGAGUGGCGGGAAGACCCUAAUGGCGAGUUCAAGAAGAAGGUGGCGCGCUGCGUGAGGAAGAGCCAGGAGAUGGCCUUCGACUAAAGACUUCUACUGCUACUGCCAACAUACAAGUCCUCCCUAAAAGGACAAAGCAGUGGAGGACUUGACCAGCCGCCCCCUUAAAAGACUUUUGUACCCAUGUCACAUGGGGGAGAUGGACAUACAAGCAGCGUUUCUAACAAGGUCAUUUUUCUUUGCCCCUCUGAAGGCCUGCUCCUCAGUUCUUCAACAGCAUUUCUGUUCCUUCUUUAAUAUUAUUUAUUGUGUUUAGAUUUACAUUGCAUGUUACCCCCUUUGUCCUUUUUACUUUUUUCUCCUGCCACUGAGCCAUUGUCUUACAGGAAGAUGAUACAGUUUUCAUUUUGUUCUUAAAAUAUUUCAGUUAUAUUAUUUUAAGUCCCCCCUCUUUCUCCUCCCUUGGAGAUCUGGGGUGAAUUUCUCGAAAUCAAAGUUGCUCACUACAUUAGCUACUUCGUUGCUUUCAAUGCAUUUUCCCAUUGGCAACUACCGAAGUUGCUAACAGGCUAACAACUUCUCUUUCGAGAAACUCACCCCAGAAGAGCUGAAUGACGGCAGUUACAUGGACGGAGUAUUCCGGUUUGAAACAAAAUAUUGUCAGCACUGAAUUUAAAAAAAAACAAGUUCUGGAGUAUUCUGUUUACAUGUGUGGAAUAGCGUUCUGCAACUGGAAUAUUCCAGAGACACGGCCACAUUUCAGAAUGAGUUUACAUGACUCCUGCGCAAUCCAAAUGCUGCCAAUAUUCCGUUUAAAAUCGUAACAUUUCCUGCAUGUAAAUGCGUUCAGUGAUGCAAACGUCUCCCUGAUGAGAUCUCCUCACUCCCUCUGCUGCCUUAAUUAAGUUGUUUUUCUUGCGAGCAAGGAAUCCAGUGAUGUCACAUCGAUGUCGGGAUGAUUUUUCUUAUGAGUGGGUUUUGAAAAAUAACUGUUUUGAUCAAAGCAAAAAAAAAAAAAGUUAUACUUGCUUGAGGGAAUAGAGCAUAUUUUUUGUAUUAUCACAUGAUCUCAAAAUAAGUAUUUUUUUCUGUGUGUAAAUAUGUGCUGUACCAUACGGAUGCCAAUCAUCAUGUCUGUACCUUCACCCUCAUCAUCAUUUUAUAAUGAUUGGUGCAUCUAGAGUCGUCCUAGUCUCAUUUAUUACCUACACAUUAAUGUUUUAUGAUUCUGGACAUAGGUUCAACUGUACGGCUCCAGUCUUCCUCAAAGCGCCUUCCAGAGAGGCUUGUUUUCCUGAUCUGAGUGACGUUUUAAAGGUGCACUGUGUAAUAAAUCUAGUUGUUCAUUUCCAGAUUUUGCACUGUCCAUUCACAAAUGUCACCUUUUUGACAAAUACUUACCACCACCAUUAAAAUCUAAGAAUUUGUUAUGACUGGGAAAACGGCAUUUUGAAUUUCCAGACAUGGGCAUUUUUAGCUGCAAAACUUACCAUGCUUUGGUCAUACUAGUAAAUAUUGGUUUAUUAUUUAUUAAUAUUCAUGAAAAGACCAAAUUUGGCAAUAGGCAGCAGUUUCAAUGAGCAGCAUAGUUGCAAUGCCUACUCUGGCCACAAUCCUACACAGUGCACCUUUUUAAGUCUCACUCGAAUCACAGAAUACUGUUAAACCUGUAGACAGCUGCUUGGCUUUGACACUCUUUACUUUCACACGGUCUCCUGACCAGAUCAGAUUUGUUUUUUAAUCAUGUUAUCACCACACAAGUUCUCGAAUAUGCACAUUGAAGUGGAAGAAUAGUUCUAGAUUCACCUUAACCAAGUAGUUUCCCCUCCUAACUGUAUUGGUAAGCACUUUAUAAUAUAUAAACAUUUACUAAGCACUGGGGUGAAACUAAAUGCAAAUGGUGAGCCGUAGUGUGGCGAUAUCUUUUGGGGAUCAUGGAAUCAUUAGAUUGGAUGUCCUGAGUCCUGACCUGGGGGGUGUAUAUAGGGGUGCAAGUCAUUUCUCCACACUUGUGCCCUGUCCUCUGCCCUACCUGACUUGGUGAAAAUCAGUUUUAUAUGGGACAUUCAUUUAACAUUCAGAUACAACAAACAUGAUGUAUCUGGAAAAGAAAUUAGGCCUUCUGGCACACGAGAAAAUCGGUCUGUCUUAAACUUGGCUUCACAGAUUGCUUUUCAUAGAUCACAUUUGUAAUUUGAAUGUUAAAUGAAUGUCCCAUGUCAAACUGACUUCACCAACAUCAGCAAUGAGGACUGAGGAAAGGACACGAGUCUGGAUAAAGACUUGAACAAUAGGUGUCUAGAGUAUUACUCCAAUGGCCGAUGUCAUUGAUGUGGGUGGCAGCCCUAUAGCCAAUCCUCAUUUAUGAAGGACAUGGCUGAAGUUGAUGAAACUCAAACACAUUCAUUCAUUAUAGGACUUCAACUGUCUGUGUUUUUAUUUUGUCAUCACGUCAUUGUGACUUUUCCCAAUAAAUACAAAAAUAAAGGGUU